AUAUCUUCGUAAUUUUACCAUAGUGCGAAAUGCCUGGUUUAAAUUCAGUUGUUAUUGAUGUGUGUCAGAUAAAGCAUCCUUCAGCAUGAGCGGCGAUAAGAAAUCGGGGCUAGAUAAUCCAGCGUUCGAGGCAGGGAGCGAAGUCUUCACGAUCAAGACGAAUGGCCAAGCCGAUGAUCCGCUUGACCAACCCGAAGAAAAACAGAGAGCGACAUGGGGCAACGGGAUCGAAUUCCUCAUGUCCUGCGUGGCGAUGUCCGUGGGACUGGGCAACAUCUGGAGAUUCCCGUUCACGGCGUACGAAAACGGGGGAGGCGCUUUCCUCAUCCCCUACAUCGUGGUACUGACCGUCAUAGGCCGCCCUUUGUACUACCUAGAAAUGUCUCUAGGACAAUUCUCGAAUCGAGGCAACGUCAAGUUCUUCAAAUCGCUGUCUCCGUACCUCAAGGGAGUAGGUUACGGACAAGUAGUCGGUUCCGUUUGUGUAGCCACCUACUACUGCUCCCUCAUGGCCAUCACCCUAUUCUAUCUCGUGAACUCCUUCACCGGUGAUUUACCUUGGGGACAGUGUACCUCGGAGUGGGAACAAGAACUCAACGCGGACAACAUCACGUGCGUGGACGCUACAGCAAUAGGCAAAACCAACAACAGCGGUACCACCAUAAGUUCCUCGGAACUCUUCUUCACUAAGGAAGUUCUAAAAGAAAGCACCGACUUGAGCACCGGCAUCGGAAACCCUGAGUGGCGUCUCACUCUAGCUCUACUCGUCUCCUGGAUCGUCACUUUCCUCAUUUCCGCGAAAGGCGUCCAAAGCUCGGGAAAAGCUGCCUACUUCUUGGCCAUCUUCCCCUACGUCAUCAUGAUCACUCUCCUAAUUCGGGCCGCCACUUUGGAAGGCUCCGCCAACGGAAUGUACUACUUUAUCAAAACCGACUGGGACAAGCUGGCCGACGCUGACGUGUGGUAUGCCGCGGUCACGCAAUGUUUCUUCUCCUUGAACGUCGGCUUCGGUUCCAUUAUCAUGUUUUCGUCGUACAACGACUUCGAACACAAUAUCAACAGGGACGCGUUGAUCGUCACCACUUUGGAUACCUUCACGUCGCUCCUUUCGGGGGUCACGAUCUUCGGGAUUCUCGGAAACUUGGCCCACAACCUUGGAGUGACCCCGGAUGAGGUUAUAAGCUCGGGAGGCGCAGGCCUCGCCUUCAUCUCCUACCCCGACGCUAUAGCAAAAAUGGACGCCGUGCCUUGGCUCUUCGCGAUCUUGUUCUUCUUCAUGUUGUUCGUACUGGGAGUCGGGAGCUUGGUGGCCCUUCAUGGUACCGCCAACACGGUCCUGGCAGACAUCUUCCCCAAACUCAAAAGCUGGCACAUUUCGGCAAUCACAGCCUCGUCUAUGUUUCUAAUCGGGUUGAUGUACGUAACACCUGGCGGCCAAUUCAUGCUAAACCUAGUAGACUACUACGGAGGGACGUUCAUAAUCUUCAUCUUCGUGUUGUUCGAAGUGAUCGGAGUGGCUUGGGUCUACGGUUUGGAAAACUUCUGCCUAGACAUCGAAUUCAUGUUGAAGAGGAAAGUCAGCGCGUACUGGCGCAUAACCUGGGGGGUCAUCACCCCGCUGUUCCUCAUCGUCAUCUUCAUCUACUUCUGCGUCAAGUUCCAACGACUGACGUACGCCGGGCAUGAUUACCCCGACGGAAUUCUAGCGUUCGGGUGGGCAAUCCUGGGCGUCUCCGUCGGACAGUUCGUGUUCUGGAUUCUCUUCGACCUCUACAAACACAGAAGUCUGGGUUUCGCCGAGGCCUGCAAAAAGACGUUCGGUCACGAGAACUGGGGGCCUUCAGGUCGCGCGAGGUGCGAGAGCUGGAGGAAAUACAAAGAAGACGCUUUACAAGCGAGUCGGCGAAAAAACAAAGGAUUCUGUAGAAAAUAUAUAGAUAUCUUAAUCGGAAGAAGUUAGUUUAAAUUGUACAAAUCCAUAAUUAUGACAGACCUUAGAUGUUUCAGAUGAGUGAUGUCUGUGAUACAUUGUAUUUAAGUUUUAUCAGGCCUUGACUACAUAAUUUAUCCCCUAGUCAUAAAAAAUAAUGCUUUUAUACAAUUAUUAUUUGAUAAGAACUAAUAAACUAUUCUAGAGUAAA